AUGGCAUAUCUGCUGGAGAAGGCAAAUGGAUCUCGCUGUGUGCUCGAAGCCAUCAAGGUCGAGCCAUUUACGCAGAAGCAGUUUGCAGACAUGAUAAAAGAAGCUCAUGUAAGAUCUCAGGACUAUUACCUUGCAAGAGUGCAGUGUAAGAACAUCUCCGAGGACGGGAAGAAUGUAUACUAUUGCUACGAUGCCAAACAACUCUGUAAAUACAUAUUCGAAAUGGUAAUUUCCACAGAAGGAAGAAAGAUAAGGAUAAAGAACUUCAAGGAUCCGAUAAAUCAAGAGCAGAUCCAUGAGAUCAGCUUCUUCAAGCUGAGAUACGACUCAGACACUCCUCUGAAGGCAGAAUAUGUUGGAAACCAAGCGAACUUUCUUGAAAACAACUGCUUCCGCAGCAAGAUAUUUUACCAGGAAAAUGCUCUGGAUGCCCUGUCUGUGAACUUCCAGUUUGGCCCACAGAAGAAGAAAAUACCAAUCAUCAACAAGAAAAAGAUAUUUACAGUGCUCAUGAUGGUUGUCGUGAUCCUGGCAAUAGGAACGUUGGUUUCCAUGGUGGCAGAGAAGGGGUCUCAAAAGGCCUCCCGCCCUCUCAAGCUCUCGAUAAACAAAGGAAAAAGUAUUUAA